AUGAGGCGGGCUUCGACCAAUAGGAAUGACAAGAAGCCCAAGAGAGACCAAGCUUUGGAGCAGAACCUUGAAGCAGAAGUCACCCCCACCUUCAACUUCUACUCCACCCGGCUCUCCUGGGAGGAGGCCUUUGACGCCUGCAAGGUGGCCAAGGGCACCCUGGCUCGUAUCCAUAAUGCCGAGAGGCAACGUUUCCUGGAGGAAUUUUUCAGGAACAACAAAAACAUUGAUGGCCAGUUCUGGAUAGAUGCCUCGUACCGCGUCAAGCACAAGAAGAUCGAUAAUUGGGUCUACUCCAACGGGAAACGGCUGGACUACAACAACGGUCUUCCAGAGGAGAUGAAUCAGAAGAGGAAGCAGUGUGCUCAUUUUGGCACUGAGACAGAACCUAAGUUCCAGUGGACCUCUGGAGGUUGUCACCAGAAGAAGGGUUUCAUCUGUGAGAUAUUCCCCGACAAAGGGACUCCUCGUAGUGGUCAACCAGUACGCGAUGCGUCCUCGUACCAAGUCACCUUGGACAUAAGGAAGACCUCGAAAACGUGGAUGAAGGCUAAGCGGUCAUGUGAAAGAUGGGGUGGCCAUCUCCUGAGAAUCCCAGAUGCAGAGUUUCAGGGGCUGGUCGUAGGCACCCUGGAUAGCAUGAAAACAGACCCAGUAGAAGAUACUUUCUGGAUUGAUGCUCACUUUGACAAGAAAAAGAUGCAGUACAUAAACUCCAACGGUCAGAAGGUGGACCAUUCCAAUUUUGCCGAAGGGUUCCCCAAAGGUGGUUGUGCUUACUUGAGAAAGAGUGGUGGGGAGUGGAAAUGGGAGGAUGGUGACUGUGAUGCAGACAGACCAUUCAUCUGUGCUCGUGCAACGCAGAACGGUAAACCGACUAAACCAGCCAAGCCAUCCCGCGACAAAAUCCAGACCCAGCUGCCCACGACUUACCUGCAGUACUUCACUGGCUACAUGUACACCUGGCAGGAGGCAGCAGAGUACUGCGCUCAGGAGGGGGAUGGCACGGGCCACCUGCUGAGGAUAGUUGACCAGAACAUGUUCAACGAGGUGGCCAAGGCUGUCAAGGGCUCUGCAGCCAAUUUCUGGUUGGACGCAAAUGACCUCAUGUUGGAAGGCAAGUUUGUCUACUCAGACGACUCCCCGUUGGGUUACACCAACUGGUUUGAGAUUGAGGGUGUGGAGAAGCAGCCAGAUGGUGGCAAGGCAGAAAACUGUGUGUACAUGAGUUACUCAGAUGAUUACAUGUGGCACGAUGGCAACUGCAAUGACCGAAUGAGUUUCAUCUGUGCCUUCUCCAAGAAGCCUGUGAAGAAGGCUCCGCCACGAAUCCCAGAAGGUGCAGUGAUUGAUGACAUAAAGCCUGUCAUAAUUGCUGAACCCUCCACAACACCAGAACCAGACAUCAGUGCCAUCUUGACCUAUGAGGGAUCCUCGGCUGAACCCAACCACGGCCCAGACUCCAAGAUGGGCUGGAUUGCAGCCUUGUCCGACCGCAACCAGUACGUGAUCUUCGACUUCCACCAGUUUGUCCGGGUGGAUGUGCUGGUCCUGUGCGGGGUCAACGUCCCCGGCUACAUGGCCUGGAUCACCCAGUUCCGGCUGCUGUACAAGCGAUCGGCGGAUGCCGAGUGGAGGCCGUACAUACAGUUUGAUGGGACCAGUGAAUUUGACAACGUUAUCACAAAUGCAGACGAGUGCGCAACAUUCCUCUUUGAUCCACCCAUCCUGGGGUCCCUUGUUAAGUUCCAGCCAAUCAGGUGGAAGAAUGCCAUCGCCGGUCGCUUUACGUUUAACGGGAGGCCCUCUGCUGCACCAAGAGACAUUUCCGAUAAGGUUGACUACAAGAUGUCUUCGGCCGUCCGCAACUUCAGGCCAGGCAGCAAGUACGGAUGGAUAGCCAGGAAGUCCAACAACAGGCAGUACCUGAUUGCUGACUUCCGGCAGACAGUGGAGCUCUAUGGCAUGGAUGUUGAGAAGGUCAUCGUAGGCAAUCGGGAAGGGUGGAUCCAGGCCCUGAAGGUUGAGUACAGCGAUGACGGGGACUCGUGGCUGCCUUACGAGCUGGAUCCGGCCAACAAGAAUGGGGUUAUUGAAGUUCCCUAUGAUGACUCCAAUGCAGCGAGGAUAAGACACAUUGUACCCAUUGUGGCUCGUUAUAUCAAGAUCAUUCCUGUCAAGUGGCAUAAGGCUAUUGCUGGGAAAAUCAGGUUCAUUGGUUACAGAUACAAAGAUCUGAAGUUCCGAAAAGUAGGCGCCAAGAGUAAAGGCCAGAUUGCAUCAGAUCAGGGGGCCCAACCUACAGUUCCAAGUAAAGUGGAAGAGGAGGAGACUGGCCUUGCCUAUGACCUGGACAAAUUCAUCGACUCUUACUACGCCAGUGCCUCAGCCAAGGGCUUUGAGCCAGGCAGCGCCAGGGGCUGGCUGUCUCCGCUGGCCUCGGCUGGCCAGUUUCUGAUGGUGGCCUUCCAGGACAUGGUGAGGAUCCGUCGCCUCAAGGUUGGGGGGAUCCAGCUGGAGAACUACUCAGCCUGGAUCAAGAAAUUCCGGAUCUUGUACAAGACCAAGGAGGACGAGGACUGGACAGUGUACAUGUAUGACGACAACAAGGAUGAAUUCGAGGCACCGAAAGAUGCCAGCCCUGACCAGACAAUGACCUUUGACCUCCCCAGUCCAAUUAGGGCCAAGUAUGUCAAGUUCCAGCCCACGGAAUGGGAGAAGGCCAUUGGAGCCAAGCUUUCCUUCUUUGGAAGCCGACUGCUAGGGAGGAGAGGCAAUCCCCGUGAGCGGAGGACUAUGAGGCUGUACUACUCCUUCCACAAGGACAAGGUGUCCUGGUCCGGGGCUCAGGCGGCCUGCCAGACCAACGGUGGCUCCCUGGCUCGUGUCUUUGCUCCCAAAGUGCAGGAGGCUCUUGAGGAUCUCAUUGAAGACAUUAAAAUUGAAGGUGAUUGGUGGAUUGAUGCCUCCGAUGCCAACACAGAGGACCAGUGGGCUACCUCUGUCGGACCUCUUCCGUAUGCUGACUGGCUGAGUGGAAAGCAGCCAGCUAGCGUUGAUGGCAAGGACUGUGGAUUUCUCAUGUAUGCCGAAAACUACAAGUGGGACCAUGCCAACUGUGAAGAAAUCAAGCAUUACAUUUGCCAAUACGAAAAUGAACCAAAAAAGAAGCCAGCCCAGGCCCAACUCCGCCGAGUGCGGCUCUUCAGCUAUCGUUUCUUCAGCCGUCGGCUGGCCUGGGUGGAGGCACAGGCAGCCUGCCGGGAGCGUGGGGCUAGCCUGGUGCAGAUCCCGGACCUGGUUGUGCAGAACUUCCUGGGGAAGUCCAUGAAGACCAGAGGCAGAACUUGGCUGGACCUCACCUACAAUGUCGCCUUUCCUGAUACCGAUGCCUGGCUGUGUAGCUCUGGAUUACCCAUGACAUACAACAAUGGCCUCCCCCUGGAAAUAGAAGGGCAAUCUUGUGCUAUCACCAGGAAACAGGAUUUGGCGUGGAUACCUGAAGAAUGUGAGGCAAAACAUCCGUAUAUCUGCCAGCAACAACCAACCUCCCUGGAGGAAACUCUUGGCAUCCAGAGGGACGACACACAGCAGGCACCCGAGGAAGUCACUGGCAUCAAAAAGCAGAGCUUCCAGAUCGUCCGGAUGGUGGGUGGCUACACUUGGAGAGAUGCCAAGAAGUACUGCAAUGACUUAGGUGCCCACCUGCUCCGCAUCCAGAGCCAGGAAGAACAGAACCUGGUAGUCAACUUCCUGGAGACCAACAAAUUACAAGAUGAAUUCUGGCUUGAUGCUCAAGUCCCGAGCACUGGAGGGAAAUGCAUGAAGAGCAAUGGGCAGGAAGUGACUUUCAACAAGUUCCAGGUGCAAGUUGGCCGCUCCAGACGCAGACGAGGAUGCGUUUAUUUCUCAAAUGAGGACGGUUGGAGUUGGAAAUUCAGCAGUUGCAGUGACAAGAAGAAUUUCAUUUGCCAAGCAGAAAGCGAUCAGCGUUUGACAGAGCCACAGAAGCCCCAGCGAGAUGUCAUCCAGACACCCCAGCUCAAGCCGGUUAGCGUCUACUACCAGUUCUACCGCGGCGGCCCGUACGCCUCCAAGUGGAUGGAGGCCCAGCAGUUCUGCCGAAAGGCUGCUAGGGGUGGGGGCUCCGGCCACCUGGCCAGGAUCAAGGAUCAGGAGACCAUGGACUACCUCAUCAAGAUGCUGAGCCGAGGGAAACGAGCCAGGAGUCUCGUCGGCAAUUUCUGGUUUGAUGCAAGUGAUGUCCAAACUGAAGGCAAGUACGUGGACAGCAGUGGCGAAGCUCUUGACUACACCAACUGGUUUUCGGUUGGUAAUCAGCAGGAGCCCAAUGGUGGCACAGCCGAAAAUUGUGCAUUCAUAAGCACAGAGCAUGCCUUCAAAUGGCAUGACGAGGCCUGUGAUCACACUCUGGAUGGUUUCAUUUGCCAAUUCAGCACCAGACCAAAAGUGAAGCCCAGCCCUCCCCAGCGUGACUUUGAGCGCAUGACGGCCAUCCGCGCUGACCUGUCCUUCCCCCGUGGGAAGUUCACGUGGCAGUCUGGGACGCGCUACUGCAAGAGGAAGUACCCUGCCAAUGGAGGCGGCCACCUGCUGCGAUUCAGGAACAAGGAAGAGGAGGCCCAGAUUGUCAGCAGUCUUUUUGACCAAAACAGACUUGGAGACUUCUACCUGGACGCCAGACUCCAAUCUGAUGGGACAUGGGCUGAUUCCAAUGGAGUGGUCUUGCCGUUCACCAACUGGGUGGAUGGUGAGCCACCUCAAGAUGAUGACAACACCUGCGCCAUUCUCAAGCUGAAAGAAGAUGGGAGCUACUCAUGGGGAGCCAAUGACUGCAAGAAGCCCCUGCCUCUCAUCUGCGUAAAGUAUGUAGCAGGUCCCAAAGCUGACCUAAAGGGUAAGCGCAUUCGUGUUAAGGACAAGAAUAGGUCUUCCACGUCAGUCAGCAGCAAAAGUAAGAAAGCGAAAUCCUCCAAC